GGGACGCGUUUCACACUCCAAAUCAGUGGGAUAAACCUAGCAUUGCAACAGCUGACUUCGCAAGCUUGCCUAGAUGCUGACGCUCCGGACCCAACCUGCAAGCUUGCGCGGCCAACGCCGCUGCGUCGGCGGGCAACUUCCGGGCUUUCCCAUCCAAAGCCAUGCGUGCCUGAGCGGUCCUGUGGUGCUGCUCCCCACUGUACCUCAUGCGGCUCCAGCAAAGCAGCAGCAGCAGCACCGGCUACAGCACACGAUGAAGCACCCAAGGGGCCCCGCGCCAACACGGGGUCUGGGCAAGGACGCGGUGGACGGCUGGCUGGAUAUCACCAAGCUUGUUGCUGGAGGUGGAGGGGCUAAGACGCCGUACGAGGACUUUGCGUCGGCUAUUGGCCGAGACAUCUAUGUGGACAUAGCGGGAUGGCACCUGUACCUCAGGGACAUGGGCGCCGGCAUCCCCGGAAGCAGCCUGAAGAUGAGCCAAGCCCUCGCGCAGCAGCUGGGACCGCAGCUCAACAAGGGUCUUCGAGAGGCAGACGUGGAGGGGCUUCUGAGGAAGGUUCCCGUCAAGUUGGGAGCCGGGAAGCUAAAGGCCUCGUUGUACGACGUAAUGCCUCCGUUUUGUGUGGCGGACCUGGCGCGGCUGUGCGAGGAGUUCGGCCGGCGGUGAUGACGUGGAUCAGCAUGCCAUCAUCUUCCUGCUGCCUGUGUCCCCCUGGGCCCUCGUUAGCUACUGAAUGUAUACCUAUCUUCUCUAAGCGUCAGUCCCGUCAGUGUAGGAUAGUGUUUACUAACUUGUCAGGCUGAGGAUGGAAGGGUAGGAUGCAUGGUGGUGGCCUUACUUGGAAAGUGUGGGGGCUUGCUUGAGACACAUUGUGCAGGAAGUAUGCAUGCAACAGCAAGGAACAAAAGGAAUAAAAGCUUGCAGACUCAACAGUUGUAACUUCUCCUGUCCAA